CAAUUUUUGUCUUUCACGAUUGCUCGCCGUCAGUUGAAUUCUCUCUCACACAUCACAUUUCAAUCUGUUCAUUGUGAGAGCUGACUGUCGUGAUUGACCAUAAUCUAAAUCGUGAAAUCUUCGUGAUUAUAAGAUGAAUCGAAGGAGUGAGAUUGCAAAGGAAGAGUCUCUAGACAUAGAGAAAUUAAGAGGUAGUCCAAGAAAAAUGGAUUUCAUAAGUCAACUACCUGACUGUCUAUUGAUAUAUAUAAUGACAUUCUUAUCGACACAAGUUGUUGUUCAAACAUCUAUUUUGUCUAAAAGAUGGAAAAAUUUAUGGAAGUUUGUCCCCGGUCUAAUAGCAAACAAUACUCAAUUCUCAAAAGCCAUCAACUUUUGGAUUUUUCUAAACUCAUUCUUAACCUAUCGUGAUGGAGAUAGUCCCUUGAACAAUAUAGUUGUCGAUUAUAAUGGUUUAAUUUCCAUUCAAAUGUUGACCAAGCUCUUCAAAUAUGGUGUCUCACAUGACGUGGAGAGAAUAGCAAUUAAUGCUAUUGGUGAGGGUUAUCAUUGGUUAAAAUAUGUAGAUAUUUCCAAAUUUAUGCUUUCAUGUCGUUCUAUAAAGUAUCUUAAACUUUCACUUUGUGGAACAAGAGGGAAAGUAAUACUUUCACACCCUUUAGACCUUCCUGAAUUGACAUAUUGUCAUUUUAAAGAAGUUGGAUUCUCGUCAAAUAACGUGAAUGGUUAUAUCGACCCUUUCUCGAGUUGUACAAAGCUAGCAACUCUGAUACUUGAUUCUUGCAACCUAAAGUUGGGAACAAGAUUGUUUGUGUUAAAUGAUACACUUUCCAAAUUGAUGAUACACUUAGGUCCCUAUUUUUUCCAUCAACUACAAGUUCAAAUGAACACUCCAAAUCUGAAAUCGUUUACUAUUACGGGUUGUUUCAAUAGUAUAAACUCUAUUUGUCCCCUCUUUGUGCACGACCUCAAAUUCCUUGAAGAAGUGAGUCUUGAGCUUUGGUUUCCCAAAAUUUCUGAAGAGAUUGCAACGACUUUUCUGAGUUGGCUAAAAAUGUUCACUAAUGUCUACUCAAUGACUCUUGCUUCUCCAACUCUUAUGGUUUUUACAUCUAUGCCUAAUUAUCCUGAUAUCGAAGAUGUUCGUUUCAAAAAUAUGGAGUCAGUGCUGGUGAAAAUCGACCCUUUUGCAUCUUUAUUUCCAAAGGAAGUAUUGGCAUACUUAUUUAAAAACAGUCGGUGCAAUGAAAUUGUUACUACUUUUACAGAACUACCAUUGUACUAUGAGCAGAGAUUUAUGCUGGGACGUUAAAUGCUUGGGCUGUUUAAAGUUGUUGAGUACAUUCACCAAUGUUUAUAGACAUAAUGUGUUUGUAUUUAUAUGGGGCAUAAGUGCACUCAUUUUUAUUUGUUGUAGCAUAAAUGCAAUCUAUUUUGAAUCUAAGCACUUAUUAUUCAUCACCAUAAUACAUUGUUAAUUUUGAUGGAUGUUAAAUGUUUGGGUUGUAAAAAGUCUUUCGAUAUGAUGCUCAGGUGGCGUAUUCCGUUGUAGUA